UCACGCAAAUCUUGCGCGGUUAGCUGGUUCGUAUUGACAACGCCAGUGACCUACAUUUUUCAUGUUUAUUUUCACCUGCCAAUAGCCACGGAUGUUUCGACAAAGCUUUCUGGUGAACAUUUUUCCGAUACACCGAUAUGUCAAUAUAUUCUUUUAAUGCUUAUAAGAGAGUCUGCCAUUGGUUUUCUUCAGUGUAGGUGCGAGCGAGAAAGAAGGACAGGUUUGAGGAAACCAGGAAUCCAAAUACUAUGUAGGCGUUUUUUUUGACGGGACACAAAUUUGGCGGAUUUGGGCCUAUAAGAAGCUUGUUAAAAGGCGGAUUUGUUGAUUCUCCACAAUGCCGCAUGGAGCAAUCCGGUUUCCAUUCGGGAAAUGUCAUGUGUGUCAGGACCAGGCAACAGGAGUGCAUUAUGGGGUGGCCACAUGUGAGGGAUGCAAGGGAUUUUUCAAAAGAAGCACAAUACGAGGAGAAAAGUAUAAAUGUUUCUUUGGGGGUCAGUGUGAAAUAACACCCCAGAAUAGAAAUCGCUGCAAAUCUUGCAGGUUCAGACUAUGUCUAGAAAGUGGAAUGUCCUUAGAAGCUGUAAAGAUGGGGAGGAUUCCAAAAUUGGAAAAAGAACGUGCAUUAGAGUUAGCAAGUCAGGAGGGAAGUCAUGGAAUUGAGAACUCCAUUAGGGAUGAUACAGUCGAUGGUCAGAAAAAAAGCAUUAAAAAAGGUGUCAAACGGGAACAUAAAUCAACAAGUGGGUUCUCCGGCUUCCAGGGCCAGAAAAAACUGGGUCAUGACGAAAGUGCCCGGAUGUCAAGCUCAUUGGACAGCACCGAAAACAAACCAGAAGGUUUAGAAAUAGUCUUUGAUGUUGAUAAGAGCAGGAUAAUGCAGCCAAGACAGUCCAUAAGUUCUGUCGACUCCUCCACAGAUUCUCAGAGCCUGGAGUAUUUGGGUAAAAGAGUCAGCUCGCCUGAAAGUAACAGUGAUUUGGGUCCCAAUCCGCACUGCCCAGUGUCCGUCUUGGCACCUUAUAAUGACAUUAAUUCCUUUACUUCAUCUCUGCUUUCUGAAUCCAGUACAGUAACUGGUUCAAAUAAUGUACAAAAAAUGGAGGAUAUGGAAACAAAUCGUAUGAUAAAAACAGAAUAUGAUUCGCAGUUUGAGAAUUGCUUACACAGAAAUCCCUCUGGCAGCUCAAGUCUUACUUCACCACCCAUCUUAGACGGGUACCACGCCCAGAAUGGUCCCCCAGCAUCCAUCCACAUUAACAAAUUCUUUCAUGCGAAUUACCCAUCUGAUAUCAACACUGGUUUUGUAAGGCAGGAAGAAAUGAGAACACUUGAUUAUGAGACUGACUUAAAUGAGAAGUUGUAUCCAAAGCACCCGCAGGCUUGUAAUGUAUCUCCUUAUGACUCCAACAGCACUGCAUUGGCUUAUGGGGCUUCAAGUGAUUCACACUGUUGUAUUUCCUCAUCGAGAAGUGAAUCCACAAUAUGGGAUAAGGAAAUUCUGGGGAAGCUACAAGUGAAUGAUAACAGCUUUAAAAUGGAACUGAAAACCUCCGAGAUCUAUGCGCCUGUUCGUAAUCACUAUGCAUAUUUGGGUGAUGUUGAACUGGGCGGGAUGUUUAACCGCCUCCCUCUCUACAUUCAAACCUUGCAGCAGUUGGAUGUUUGUCAGAGGACAGGGCUUCUCCUGAAACUGCAGGAAGUACCAAAUGACAUGAUCAACAAAAUCUGUAAGAUGCUUGCGAUGGAGGACAGGUUUGCAGUCAGUAAGGAGGGAGUCAGCAUGGGGAAGGACUCAACAUUCCUCAUUCAGGGAACCCUUCAAAGGCUCAAGUUUUCCAUGGAUACUCUUUGGAAGCCCAUCUGGCUGAUGAGACAAUAUGUCAGACAAGGAUUAUCAAGCGUGCCUGGAACUAUAAUCUACACUGGAGCCACAGAUGAGGAACUGAAUUAUGUUUGGCCAAGUCUCAUGCAAUCUGUACAGUUCUAUAAUGAUGUGAUAUUAGGAUUUGCCUUUGGCUGCCCUGGAUUCAAGAAUUUACAGAGCGAGUUGAAGGAAAUUCUGACACAGAAUGCCUACUUUGAAAUUUGGAUUCUGUUGAUGGCUGACUUCUGUAUAGACGGCAAAUGCCAUUUUCCACUGCCAAACAAACAAAUCUACACAAACGAAACAAUGAUUAAAAUCCUGAAGGAGAAAUCAGUUGUAGAAAUCAAAGGUGUUUUGGAGAAGAUCAACAAAUGCCAGCUGUGUGACUUAGAAAUCGGUCUCCUUUGUGCAAUUCUUCUUAUACAUCCAGAUGAUGAGAAGCUGGGAAACUCCUCCAUGAACUUAGAGCCCCUGAGAGCUCUACAUUCCCAUUACUUAGACAUCCUAGCCACAGUCGUCACCAAGAUCCACACCACUCAGAGCACGAAGAAACUCAGCGACAUCUUCAGCCUUACCCCCCUCAUUAAGAAGCUGUCCACCCUGCUUCAGUUGCAGGUCACCCAGUAUGGUGUGGAGCAGGUCCCCGAUGAGGAUUGUCUGCAGUCCAUUGCCAUGAAUGCCCAGGCCAAUGUAGAGAAAGAGCAUUUACUGUGAGAAUUAAGAGUCAGAUUAAGGAGAGAAUGCAUGAAGAGUCAGAUUAAGGAGAGGAUGAAGAGUCAGAUUAAGGAGAAUAACAGGCGACCAACAUAAUCAGAAUCAGUGACACUAGGGUCAAGCGACAAUCAUGAAUAUCCAAUGUUUAUAUGUCUUUCAGUCUUGAAAUCCAAUGAUAUAUUUUGAAUGGCUUUAUUUUGUCUAAUGUGGUACUUUAACUUGUGUUUAUAUAUAUAUAUAUAUAUAUAUAUAUAUAUAUAUAUAUAUAUAUAUAUAUAUAUAUAUAUAUAUAUAUAUAUAUAUAUAUAUAUAUAUAUAUAUAUAGUCAUAUUAGUGUGUGCCUUAUUUAUAGCUAUUUAUAGUGGUCAGGCAUGUAAAAAUUAGUCAGUACUAAGUGAUCAAACAUCAAUGUUAUAGCAUUCACACAUUUUCAGUUGAUAUAUGACGUUUAUGUCCGCUGUAGUUAAACAAUGCCAGCUAAAUUCUAUUAAUUAAUUGGUUUGUCACUGACUGUCUAUAGAAAUGACUAUAGAAGGCAAGGAGAAGGAGAGUCUUAAAUGUACUUCUACAACCUGACAUAUUUAUGUAGGUAUAGUCAGAAACAAACCUAACAUUACCAGGUAGUUUUGUUUUGUUGAGGACCCGAUCUUUCUAUAUUAUUGUUAAAUUGAAGAAAGAAAUACAAAGAAAAAUGAUGUUACAGGUGGCAUGUUUUUAUCUAUUAUCUGCUACUUGCUGCCUAUAGAAAUAUAGUUGGCAAUGACAUGAUGCGUUUAAUCAAAAGAUUUUGCAACAUUUUAAUCUGAUGCAAAAACAAAUGACGUUUAUGUCCUCUGUAGUAAGUCUGUUCUGUGAAGGGGCAUGGGUUUGUUAUGGUUGUUAUCUGUUCUUUCAUAGCUCACUGUAUGUGUGAUAUUCCUCAGUCAUUGUUGAUAAGUAUGUCUAGUAGGUCAAAAAAUAUUUAUAUGGUAUUGUUUGUUGUUAAUGUUAUUUGCUGCUGAAUGAAAUCCUGAUUUAAAUUCAUUAAAUAAUUUAAGUCAAGUUGGUGAAAUGUAGUUAAGAUGUCAGCGCUUGCUUUUUAAAAAGUAUAUGGGUCUAGAAGUGGGCUAUAUGAUGUUAAUAUAUGUAUUGUAAGUGACAUAUACUUUCUAAUGUGAAAUAUAGAUUAUUGUACCACCGUUUUUAUCUGUUGAUGUUUGAUAUUGUUCUCAGGUCAGUGUUAAGGCCAAUGGCCUCUUGUUUUGAUGUAUAUAAGAUUUCAUUUUUGACUCAAGUUUGUAAUCACACACAAUCGUUUGCAAAGAAAAAAUGAACAUCGAAAGAGGGUGAUUGUGUGAUAUUUUAUUUCUUUUGAAUUUGAAUCCACCCGAUUGUUCAUGGAGCGUUACUGGUGAUACUUAUGCUAAAAAUGAAUUCUUUAUUAAAGACAAAAGUUCUUAUGCCUAAGAAAAACAUGUUAUUGUUUUUCAUGCUAUACUUUGUGUAAUUGUUUCCCAUGAGCCCAAUACAUAUACUUUUUAAGUGCUUAAAUCCUAUUCUUGAUACAGAGGCCUUGUAAACAGAGAAGGAAUUUAACAAGUGUAUGUCCGAGUUUUCUAUCGUUGAGCCACAAAUCAAACUGAGUGCUCAUAUAUAAGACUAAGCUCAAAUUCUGAUGACCAAACCAGUUUGUUGCUCUUCAGGGUAAUUUACAUGUUUGACUCUGAAUUUUAGUAGUUAUACAGAACAGUUCUUCUUUGUAUUAGAAUUUAGAACCAUUUUAAUAAGACCUUGGACUUUCAGUAGGACGUAAUUAUAUCUAUUUCUUUCGUCAAAACAAGUUAAAAAUGAUGCUGGUUCAAGCGAAAUUUACACCGAUUGCGUAGUCAUAGCUCAAAAGCCAGACAAAUCUUGUUGAUUUCAAAAGGCCAUAUCUGAAUGGCCAGCGAUGAAAUAGACAAACCUACGUCACAUUGCUGCUAACACAACUAUCAAAAGUCCAAGCUCUUGUUAAAAUGGUUGUAAAAAUUAGAAGUCCUGUAUUGUUAGUUUUUGUGAUACAUCCUUCACCCAUAAUUUGCAACCUAUGGAAUGGUUACCGUAAUAAUAUAUGGUCUUUAAAAUUAAUUUAUUUUUUUAAUGUUUAAGAAAUUGCAAUUUGCAAAAUUAUCUGCAUGCAAAAUUAUUGAUCUGCAUGCAAGAUUAUUUAGAUGAUUCAUAGGGCUUUGUUAUCAAGCUCUAAUCUAUACUUUAAUUGGCUUUAAUUUCUUUUAAAUGGAUAUUCUACUGUUAUUAUAUUAUAAAAAUUAUCUCUUCAUAUAAAUGUAGAGUCAUCAUUGGAGCUGUUUUUAAAAUCUUUUAAAUGUCAUUUUUGAGGCAUUAAGUUCAUUUUUUAAUUUUUGUAAUUUAAUACUAACUUGAAAACUGUUAUACAACAAUGAGCAUUAUUUACUUACGUGUAUAACACCCUGUGCAUAUAUAAAGAUACAGGUACAUGUUCAUACAAAUCAAUUAGGGGCAUGUGUUCUGUAUUACUGAAGACUGCGAAAUAUUCGCCCCUAUUUAUUUUUGGCCCCUUUCACUUGUUGUCAGUGGGUAAAUUUAAGACUGGGUGAAUUUCAAUGUCUCAAAUAAUCCUUUUAACACAACUUUGUCUGGGCGAAUUGAAGAUGGGGCGAAACCGUGUGCAAGUGAAAAUGGCCAAAAAAUUCCUGUGUACAGUAUCAUCAUUCCAUUUGUAAUGCAGCUAAUACCAUUUUUAUGUCAAACAUUCCUCUAGCAAAACUUGUUAUAUAGUAUAAAUAAUUUAUGUAUCUUCCUCCAACGUUGUUAACAAAAAAUGAAAUUUCAUUAUAAGGUAGAUAAAGUACAAAGGUGCAAUUUCAAAUAUUGAGAUUAGAGAUACUGACAGGUUUUUUUGUACCAUUGGUAGAGCAAGCAAUCUUAAAAUGGACAGGGACACAAUUUAAGCUGAAAAUUUUCCUGUUUUCUCUCUCUCCAUUUUUGCUGAACUAGGGUAUAUUUGAUGUUCAGCCAAAUUUUGAAUAUAAGUUGUCCAUUUAGAUACAGAGGUUACAAUUCUUUAUUUCAUUGAUUUGGCUUUGUUUCUAUGGUUAUUUUUAUAUCAAAUAAUAUGGUUAUUAUUACUGAUUGAUAGGCUUAUCCAGAUGUAUGUUUAGGGGACAUCAGUGCUAAUGCACUUUGAUAAUAGACAAUCAGCCUGUUAUUGUGUGUUCACGAACAUUUACAUGUAUGUCAAUCAUUACAAUGACGUAAAAAUGAGAGUUAUACCGGUAGUAUAAGGAGGUGAUUUGAAGAAGUAUCCUGUGACUUUCAAACAGACUUCUGUGAUUCUCUACUGUAACUGUGUAAAGCAGUACUCCAAAAAAUGAAGAAUUUGAUUCAUUUAUGGUUGUGUUGAUAUUGUUCUCUUAAAACUUUCGAAGUAGUUUGUUAAAUAAAUGAAUACUUACGA